AUGGACAGCGAAAUGAACAAAAAAAAAUCGGCGAUAUCGACGCCAAUAAGUUACGGGCGAAUUAUUUAUAGCGAUAAUAAUGAUGGUGGUGGUGGUAACAAUGAAUAUCAUUUAGAACGUGAUAUUGAUCAUUAUUUUAAUGAUAAAGAUAAACGUAUACUAUUUCGACAUAAUAAGGGUGGUGAUUCGAAUGUUGUUGGUGGUGAUAAUGGCCAGGAUGAUGAUCAAGAUGAUGACGAUGAUGAUGAUGAUCUUAUAAAAUUAAUCGAUAAUCGUAAACAAGUUGUAAAUAUUAUUGAAAUAAAACGUCCACCAAAAAAUAUUCGUCCACCUGAAACAAUUAUUUAUAAAGGUAAACGUUUUCGACUAUUUCGACCAUCAAAUCAUUUAUUACAACGAGCAAGGAAAUCACAUAUAUUACCAGCUGAAUCUAUUGUUGAAGAUGAUUCACAUGAUCAUAAUUACCAUCAUCCUCAUCAUCAUGGACAUCAUGGACAUCGACAUCAUUAUCAAGAAAUUCCUAUAAAUCGAUCAAAUCGAAAUAAAGUUCGUAUAGGAAGAAAAGCUUAUUCAAAUGUUGGACAAUUAACUGAAUAUCCACCACCACUAUCACCACCACCACUAUUACCACCAAUAAAACGUGGACAACCAAUGAUAGCUAAAGUUUAUUGGCGACGAACAAUUUAUCCAAUUUCACCGUCAUCAACGACAACAAAUCGUCCCAAACGUAAAACCAUCUAUGAAACAAUAACAACAGCAUCGACAAACGAUGAUGAUCAACAGCGACAAAAAAAUCCAGAUAAAAAUACUGAAAAAUAUAUUGUAGUUUAUGUACGAAAAAAUUCAAAUAAUUCAAUUAAAACCAACAAUAAUGUAAUGACAAUGGAUGAACCAUUUAUAGCAUCAUCGGAUAAUAUUCCACAAAAGAUUAAUAUUGUUAAAAAACAUAAAAAUAUCGAUGAUAAUGAUAAUAAUGGUAAAAAAUAUCGAUCAAAAAUACCAUUUAAUGAACUAUUUCAAAGCGAUGAUGAAGAUAUUGUUGAUAAUGAUGGUGAUGGUGAUUCAUGGCCAUCGGAUCCAUACGAUGAUGACGACGAUAAUGAUAUUGACGAUGACGACGAUGGUCGACGAGCAAUGUUACCAAUUGUCUCCAUAUUAUUAUGGUGGAAAAAUCCAAAACAAAUUCGGCUUCGACAAUUUUAA